CUAAUACAGCCAGUUAGUGUGCGGUGUAGAACGUCACCACUGCGGUGCGACACCGUCCGCCUGUACUACCUGCAUCCAAUUCAAGGUUUGCGGGUGCCUUGAAGGAAGAUCUCGGUUCCAAACAUCAUACCGACCGCUAGCAACCACUCCUCACCGGUUGCUUUGUUGUCGAACCAGUCCGCGAACGGACGUCAAGGUGAGAGCACAACCAGCAUCGUUGUGACGCGAAAGUGAAGUUAAAGAAAUCUGUGAUUCGUUCGAGCUCGUUCGAAAGAUCAGUGAGUUCAAUUAUUAUCUGCCACCGGAGGAGGACUAUGGCUUUCACCCAAAAGGCGGAUUAUGUUCAAGUUACGCCCGAAAGUGAUUCUUUUAUGUGAUUUUACCGAUUCCAUUGCGAACUGCCGAAGGUGAUUUUGAAUUUCGCGUUGAAAAUAAAACUUAACUUAACGGAAGUGUACGCGUAUCGAGGGCAGACUGUGAGAAAGUGAGUGUGGUUCCUUUGAAGUUGUGUGGAUCCCCCUCCCGUCGGGAGUAAACACUAUGUUUACCAAAGCAAUAAACGUACCCAACGCAUUUCCCGCUCUGCUGCGGACGUGCGCCUUUCUACUGCUACUGCCGCUGUUCGGGCCCGUGGCGUACGGCCAGUAUCUAAGCUCACCCUGCCCGAAAGUGUUCAGCUACCGGCUGGACCAGAGCACCAACCAGGUGUUCGGCUACGUCGAGCUACAGAACCUACGCAUCGGUCAGCUGGUCAAGCUGAACAUCGACCUUUCGAUCGGUGUCGCCGUACCGCAGAACAAUGUCGGUUCGAUUACGCUGGUCAAAUCGAGGGAGCAAACGUUCCGCGACAUUUACAACAGCCAGCCGGCACAGUACCGGGUCAACUUCCCCUUCACCAACGUAAUCCCGAGCGUGCUGGCGAUCAGCGUGAACGGCCAAACCAUAUGCACCGGGCAGAAGGCGACGGGCCAGAUUGUGACCACCAUCAACCUAGAGCACACGCUCUUCACGCAGAUGCAACCCCUGUCGAACGGUAAUGGCAACAACGUGAACGCCAUUCAAUUCCAGCCGGGACAAACGUUCCAGCAAACGCCACCCCCGCCCGUAUACACGCCACAAGUACAAACACCGCCACAGCAGCAACCGCAGUUUGUACAAAACAGACCACCAAACAGGCAGCCAGUGGUGAAUACCAGGCCACCGGUAGUUCAGCCUCCCCGUCCUCGGCCACAGCCAACGAUCCCCGUGGAUACAUCGGGUGGAUCGGGCGAAGCGUGCGGAAUGCCAGCCGCAACAUUCAAUCGGCUGACGAUCAACGGAAUACGCUCACCCAAGGGCCAGUUCCCGUGGGCGGUACCGAUCUUUGACACCGGUGUACCGACGAAACCGAAGUACAUCUGUGGCAGUACGAUCAUCAGCAAAAAUCACCUGCUGACGGCGGGUCAUUGCUUGUACAACGAAAACGGAAAGCGCGACGCAACCGAACUGCUAACCGCACCCGGAAUGUACAACAUCGACAACUUCUUCGAAACGGACAUUCAGAUGCGUGAGGUGGCCUCGUUCGUGGUGCACCCGGACUACUUCUUCGACGACACCGGGAUGACCGAGUACGACAUUGCGAUUAUGGUGCUGCGGGACGCGCUCAUCUACUCUGACCUGGUGCAGCCGAUCUGCCUGUGGACUGGCAGCGACAACCUGGAGGAAAUCGUCGGCACGACCGGGCUCGUGUCGGGCUGGGGAGUUACGGAGGACGGGGCGGCCAAAUAUCCGAGCUACGUCAACGCGACGGUGGUGGAUAAGCGCGAUUGCCGACGCAAGCUGGGCUCCAUCGUCUCGAACACGGCACCGAUGUUCUGUGCGGACGGCCACGGUUCGGUGCCGUGCACGGGCGAUUCGGGCAGCGGGCUGGUCAUAAAGCGGGGUUCCCGGUUCUUCGUCCGCGGUAUCGUCUCCGUUGGCCAGUACGAUGUAGCGUCGUUGAUUUGCGAUCGCACCAAGUACGUGGUGUACACCGACAUUGCGCCCUUCCGGUUCUGGAUGAAAAAGGUUAUGCAAUCUUGAGCGCUGAAAGUACCAAGGGCCCAAGGUCGGAAAAGGUACAACUCGAAAUUACGUUCCACGUGCCACUGUCUUCCAAUCGACCGGCGCAUUUAAUUAGUUUACUAGCGCAGACCGUAACGCCUGACUUGACCGUAUUCUGAGUCACAUCAAGGCGAGAGAUUAUAAUCAACUUAUUAUUACAGUAUCAAAGGCAAAAUGCUUCCAAAUAACGAAGCACGAUUAUUUGGCGUACAGGCAAAACUAACAAACGAUACCGCAACGUCAACACAAGGACAAUAAAUCGCUAUUUGAGUAGAGACGUAGAUCUUAGAUCAUAUUUAUUUGGUGACCAAAGUUUAAUGAUCACCACGACACUCACUUCUGACGUCGCGGAACGUUUCCGCUUGGCGCGGAAGACUUACAAGAACGUAAAUUAAUUGAGAACCACAAUCGAUUACUUCCUGGGGAGCCUCUAUACGGAACAUUGUAAAAGUACAUCGUGGAGAAAUGGAAACGAUUUCGAUAAGUUGAAAGAGUUUUAUUUCAAGCCUGCGCAUCCCAUUAUUUGUACAGAAGAAGGCAAGUAGAUAAAUUCAAUCGGAGUUAGAAGGAUCUACCGUAUGCUAUGCAUUUAUGAACGAUAAUAAAAGAGCACAAUGUGUAAAAUA